AUGUCGAACCGGACGGCGAAGGCUACACUGUCGUCGGUUAUGACCAAGUCGUCCAUACUUGUCCGCCGCCGCAGCAUGUCGUCAAUUCCGUGGGCCACAAUGGACCCCAAAGCAUUAGGCACGACCGCUGAGCCGUACGCUGUCCCGAAUAUUGUUGACGGAAAGUUAACCAGCACGAGCAAGACCAUCGAGAUUAUUCACCCCCUCGACAGGGAUGCUUACCCGAUCUUCACCGUCCCCGACACGCAGACUGGAGAGAUCCAGCCAUUCUUGGAUUCGCUGCGAAAAGUCACCAAGAGUGGCAUGCAUAAUCCUUUGAAGAAUCCUGAGCGUUACCUUGAUUACGGAGAGAUUUCGCGUAAGGCAGGAGACGCUCUAAUGCAACCGGACAUCGCUGAGUUUUUCAUUCAGACUAUUCAGGCGUGUGUUCCUAAAUCGCACGCACAGGCUGCGGGCGAGGUUAGGGUCACAGCUGCAUUCUUGAACAACUUCGGUGGUGACAACGUUCGUCGUUUGGCCAAAUCUUUUGGUGUUCCAGGAGAUCACUACGGGCAAAUGAGCGUUGGACACCGCUGGCCGUAUGGCCCCGUCGCCAUCGUGACGCCUUUCAACUUUCCACUGGAAAUUCCUGUUUUGCAGCUUAUGGGGGCCUUGUACAUGGGAAAUAAACCCGUUCUUAAGCCCUCGGAGCAAGUGUCAAUUGUAAUGGAACAGUUUCUACGUCUUCUACAUCACUGUGGUAUGGACGAAGGGGACGUUGAUUUCCUUAACUGCCGUGGUCCAGUCGCACAGGCAGUCAUUACGCAAACGCCCGUCCGGCUUACCCAAUUCACCGGGUCCUCAAAAGUCGGAGAGCUGCUCGCAGAGGCGACCAAGGGCAAAGUUCGUCUUGAGGAUGCUGGUUUUGACUGGAAGAUUAUUGGCCCAGACGUAGGCGAUGUGGACUAUGUAGCGUGGCAAUGCGAUCAGGAUGCGUAUGCUACUAUUGGCCAAAAGUGCUCUGCUCAGUCAAUUUGCUUUAUACACGAAAAUUGGAAGAAAGUCGGUCUCGUCGAAAAGAUUAAGAGUAUAACUGAAAAGAGAAAUCUGAACGAUCUCACCGCCGGACCCACGCUGACUGUCUCUACCAAGACGUUCCUGGAUCAUACGAACAGACUCGCAAGCAUUCCGGGUGCGUCGGUCUUGUGGGGUGGCGAGGAACUGGAGAAUCACAAAAUUCCCGAGAAGUACGGCGCCGUUAAACCAACAGCAGUGUUUGUUCCUCUCGAGGAAAUGAUCAAGGAAGAGAAUUUUGAAAGCUGCGUUACCGAGAUUUUUGCUCCAUUUCAAGUUAUUUCCUUUUACAACGAUGACACUAUUGACGAUGUUUUGAGCGCUUUGGAAAAGAUGUCUCAUCAUUUGACAGCAGCAGUUGUUUCGAAUGACGUGUCUUUUCAAACCAAGGUCCUCGCAAAUACCGUAAACGGAACCACUUAUGCCGGACGCCGAGCGCGUACGACGGGAGCACCUCAGAAUCACUGGUUCGGUCCGGCCGGGGAUCCUCGGGGUGCUGGUAUUGGGACUCAGGAAGCUAUUCAGCUGGUCUGGAGUUGCCACCGUGAGAUCAUCAACGAUAACCUAGUUCCUACGAACUGGAAUCAACCCCAGCAAUCCUGA